UCUUGGACGUCAAGGUUGAAAAUUUUCUCUUCUUGGAGUGGGUGAGGACUCCAAAGACUUUCAUUCAAUUUCCAGAUUCCAGCUUAAGCUCCUUGUUUAGUGAGAGAAAUGGAUCCAAGCUACAUCGGAAUGACGAUGCCACACAUCUGCGAAGAGCAGAGUCCUUUGGUUCGUCUCUGCAUCGAGGCAGCUACGGAAAGCAAAGACGCCAUUGACGCUUGGAAGAUGCAGCGUCGAACACUCGAACGCAUGCCUUCUCAGCUCAUCGACAUUCUUCUGCACCGCCUCCUCCAUAGACGGAUCCUCUAUCCUUCACUUCUCGAAGUUUUCAAGUAUAGUGCUGAACAUAUUGAUUUGAGAGGAGAGGUAAUUGUAGAUGCAGAGUGGAUGGCGUAUCUAGGUGGAUUCCUCCAUUUGCGCAAACUAAUACUUGCAGAUUGCAACAAAAUAAGUAGUUCUGCCAUUUGGCCUAUUUCAGGUAUGGCAACUUUGAAAGUUAUGGAUCUUUCAAGAUGUUCCAAAAUCAACGAUGCAGGCAUUGAACAUCUAUUAUCCAUUCAAUCCUUGGAGGAGCUGUAUAUACCAGAGACAGGUGUGACAUCUAGAGGGAUUUCACUACUUUCUUCACUUACGAACUUGCAUACUUUGGACUUAGGAGGUUUACCUGUAACUGAUGUAGCACUGAGUUCUUUACGGGUUCUAACAAAACUACAAUAUCUGGACCUAUGGGGCAGUGCUAUAUCCAAUGAAGGUGUAAACAUUUUGAAAAUGUUUCCGAAGCUAACUGUCCUAACUCUAGCUUGGACCAAAAUCACUCAUCUUCCAGAUUUUCCCUCCAUUGCAUGCUUGAACAUGAGUAACUGCACUAUACAUUCAAUAUUCGAAGGAUACGAAGAUAAAGCUCCUUUAACAAAGCUUGUUCUUUCUGGUGCUACAUUCGAUAAAACUUCCGAGGUCUUUGCUCAUGUUGAAACACUCCAUCUAUCCUUCUUGGAUGUCUCCAAUACUCCUUUUCAAAACUUCGGCUUUUUAAAGAACAUGAAUGCACUUGAACAUUUGGACCUGAGCUCUACUGUAGUUGGAGAUGAUUCUGUUCACCUGAUUGCAAGUAUAGGAAACACAUUAAGAAGUUUAAAUCUCAACAAAACAAGAAUCACCUCGUCUGGACUAAGUUUUCUGGCUGGGAACGUUCCCAAUCUUGAGAAAUUGACGCUUUAUGGCACGUAUGUUGAUGAUACUGCGAUUUCAUUUCUCUGCACGAUGCCUUCUUUGAAGCUAAUCGAUCUAAGUGAGACAAAUGUGAAAGGUUUGAUUCGUCAAGAUGGAGAUGAUUCAGAAUACGUUUUUUCAUUGACCGAGCUACAUAAUCUGAGUUAUUUAGAAACAUUGAAUUUGGAGAAGACACAAAUACGAGAUGCAUCACUUCUACCUCUUAACAAUUUGAAACAGUUAAGCUGUUUAUCUCUCAGAAGCGAUAGCCUAACAGAUUUAUCUUUAUACCACUUGUCAUCCAUACCUAAUCUUAAGAGCCUUAGCAUUCGAGACGCGGUUUUAACAGACGGUGGACUUGGUUCAUUCAAUCCACAAUUGAAAUUGGUAAUGCUGGAUCUGAGGGAAUGUUGGCUGUUAACCAAAGACGCUUUACUGUUAUUCUGUAAUAAACAUCCUCAGAUUGAAGUGAGGCAUGAACUCAUUAACAUUUCACGGUAUAACCCCACCAAAUCGAUCUCAUCUUCAUCUAAAGUAAGUUCUAAGGGGAGUUCACCACAUUUGAAGCAGAAGCGUGGAAAAUUGCCUGUUAAUUUCAUAAUAGAUCAAAGGUUGAAGUAUAACAGAGAGGAACUUUUAGCAUUGCAGUUUUCUUCUGCCUCACUUGCCGCCGCCACUGAGCAUGAAAAGAAAACUACCGCAUAGUGGAAUAAAGCUAAUGGAUUGAUUAUUAGUGAUUGAGAAAUUGGAUGGACUCGGUUGAUGCUAUCAGCUCUGCUUAUUAGCAUUAUUCUUGUACAUUCCGUCAAUGACACCCUGCGAAGCAAUAUUCAAGUUGACUCGCUUCAGAACGUCUUCAAAUACUACCACCCCGCCAUAGUUGACGCAGCUGAGGCCUCUUCUUCUUGAAUGUUGGUGUUAUAAGGUCACGCUCCAUGUCAAAUGGCACGGGAUCAAGGUGAAUAUCUUUUAUAACUUCAAAACCUUUCAACUGAAAAUAAAAAACAAUAUUACUUUAAGGGUAACAAAUUUAUUACUACUUAUAAAAAUACAUAACCUUUUUCUCCUUAGCUAUCCGUCUGAGCUCUGUCAGAAUGUAAUCUUUUGCUUUGGUGUUUUGGCAGACGAAUUCAUAAUCUGCAGUGACACUGCUUGAUGCUGCCCAUUUUUCUAAUGCUUGUUGGUUUGGGUUGAUAAUUGCAACCAGAAAUGAUUCAAAGCUAUUCCCAUACACCCAUAUCUGAAAUAUUGUUA